AUGCACCGCAACAAGAUCCCCGAGAAGAAGGGCACCUGGAUGGAGGAGUGGCACCAGAAGCUGCACAACAACACCACCCCCGACGAUGUGCCCAUCUGCGAGGCUUACCUCGCCUUCCUGCGCUCCAACGGAGACCAGGGCGCCUACUGGAGCGUGCUGUCAAAUGCGGGCCUGACCCGCAGCAUGCUCGAAUCGUAUGACCGCCCCAUCAGGACCGACCCGCACUUCUUCCCCGACAAGAAGGCCUCGCUGAUCGGCGAGUUUGAGAACUACCUCAAGAUCCUCAAGGCGGUCCACUCUGGCGCCGACCUGCAGGCCUCUGCGUCCGCCGCCUCUGGCUACGUGCCCGGCGGCGCCAAGGGCUACCUGGGCUAUGUGCUGGCCAACUCCAACGGCCACGAGAUCCUGCCCAUUGUGGAGGCCUCGGUGGAGGCGCGCGCCGAGCUGGCGCCCGUGCUGCGCAACAGCCGCGACGUGCUGUACCUGGACCUCGCCCUGGAGACGGUGGUGCGCAGCGCGGCGGAGCGGGGGGUGGGCCACGCGGGGCCGCGCGCCGCCGCGCUCAUCGCGCCGCUGCUGCAGAACCUGGCGCUGAGCCUGGGGGACAACGAGGAGGUGUGCUACUGCCUCAAGGCCUGGCAGGACCUGCCCCACUCCGUGCGCUUCGGCGAGGGCUUUGGAAAGGACGACGCGCUGCGGGCCAUGGCGGUGAUUGAGCGCGUGCGGCGCGCGCUGGCGUCUGUGUCGGACUACGUCAGCCAGACCGUGGGGCCCGUCAGCCAGCAGUUUGGCCAGGCCUUUGGCUGCGAGCCGUGGGCCGUGACGCUCUUCCCCGAGGAGGUGGUGCGUGGCGGGCCCGCCUUUGCCGUCAGCCUGGUGCUGAGCGCGGCGGAGCCCCACUUCCGCCAGGUGGCGGAGCUGGGCGCGUGGCAGAUCAUCUCGCCCGCAUCCUGCUGGGGAAGGCUGGAGGUGGUGCCAGACCUGCACGGAAUCCAGGAGAAGGUGUACUCUGAGCCCACUGUGCUGCUAGUCAAGCACGUGAGCGGCGAGGAGGAGGUUCCGCUGGGCGUGGUGGGCGUGCUGAGCGGCGACACGUGCGACGUGCUGGCCCACCUGAGCGUGCGCUCCCGCAACAUGCACGUGCUGUUUGCCACCUGCUACGAUGCCAGCCAGCUGGGGGACCUGGAGGCCAUGGCUGGGAAGAUGGUGGCUUGCGAGACGACGCCCGCGGGCUCGGUCAAGUGGCGGGAGGCGGACGCGGCGGAGGUGGCGGCGCAUGCGGCAGGUGCGCGCCAGGCGGCUGCCCGCGGCCCCAUCCGUGUGAACAUCCCCAAGUGGAGCGGCAAGUGGGUGGUGGGCAUGGAUGGCUUCCAGGACGGGGUUGUGGGCGCCAAGUCCAAGAACCUGGCCGGCCUGCGCGGCAGGCUGCCAGACUGGAUCAGCCUGCCCUCCUCCUGCACGGUGCCGUUCAGCACGUUUGAGGAGGUGCUGAAGCGGCGGGAGAACCGCGGGCUGGCGGGCGACCUGGCCAAGGCCAUCAAGGCGGUGCAGCCCGGCGACGGCGCGGGUCUGGCGCUGGCGCGCUGCCGCGACCUGGUCAUGCAGACCCCGGUGCCCGAGGAGCUGCAGAACGCGCUGCGCCAGGCGAUGCGCGACGGCGGCAUCCCGGUGCCUGAGGGCGAGCAGUGGAACGACGCGAUGUGGGCGCUCAAGUCUGUGUGGGCCAGCAAGUACAACGACCGCGCCUACGUGUCCACCCGCAAGGUCGGCAUCAACUUUGAUGACGUGCGCAUGGCGGUGCUGUGCCAGCGCAUCGUGCCCGCGCAGUACGCGUACGUCAUCCACACCACCAACCCCACCAACGGCGACGCGGGGGAGAUCUACUGCGAGCUAGUGCUGGGGCUGGGGGAGGCCAUUGUGUCGGGCACGGUGCCGGGGGCCGCCCUCACCUUUGUGGCGCGCAAGGACGACAUGGACAACCCGCGCGUGCUGCUCUACCCCUCCAAGAGCGAGGGCAUGUUUGUGGACGAGAGCCUCAUCUUCAGGAGCGACUCCAACGGCGAGGACCUGGAGGGAUACGCGGGCGCAGGCCUGUACGACUCUGUGACCACCGCCACCACUGUGCGCCGCAAGGUCGACUACUCCUCCGACCCGCUCAUGACCGACCCAGAGUUCCGGGGGCGCCUCAUGCGGGACAUCUGCCGCGCGGGGCUGGCCAUCGAGCAGGCGCUGGGGUCGGCGCAGGAUGUGGAGGGCGUGGUGGACAGGGAGGGCAAGGUGACUGUGGUCCAGACUCGGCCCCAGAUGUAAACCCGGGACACUCUACGCCUUCAGCACCUCUUCAGAGCACGCAACCCAUGCGCCUACAGCGCCUACAGCCCUUGUUUCAACUUUGUCCCUGUACCUGCAAUCUAUGAAUGACCGGCGGUCGCCAGCUGGCACUUCCAAACGCAUGCACCCACCUGUGAUACUACUGUUUUUUAUGUGGCCACGUUCCUUCUGUCGAGCCUGAGCUUGACUUAUUUUUAGUGAAGUCCCCUUCCUCCUUCACCAAUGCACGCGCUGGUGAAAUUCCCUUGCAAUCCCCAUUUCUUGCUUCCCGUUUGGCUUUUCCUCAUUCCGCAUGGCAUGUGAUUUUCAGCAGACCAAUUCCUUCUCUUUGCAGUCUUGCAUUCUGAGGCAAGUCCCAUUGUAGCGGGUUUCAGUAGUGAGUUCGGGCUAGUAACAAGUUCCUUGCAAUC